AUGCGGGAUCUCACGAGGGUGUUUCAGGCUGCUGCUGGUGGUAUUGGUGGUGUUUCAGCGGGUGUCGUGUCCUCAAAGAAGCCGGAGGCCGAGGGCGACACGUUCGUUAAGGAGUGUGAGGUACUCUUCCGGCUGAUACGGGAACUGCUGCGGGUUCUGCGGGAGGUGGCACCGGAGUACAGGGGCCCCAGUGGUGGUCCCGACGUGGAUGUAGACGUGCAGGACCGGUUUGACACGGAGUUCACGCUGCAGUUCCAGCAGUACUGCCAGAAGUACAAGCAAUUGGAGAGGUACGAGUUGGGCAGGCAGGAGCUUGUUGCUCGGCAGGCCCAGGGGAAGAGGGCGAAGAACACUGCCUCUGUGCUACAUAAUGACAUGCGGAACAGGUUUAGACUAGGGGUGCUCAGUUGCCUCAAUCUGUCGAUCGGUACCGUUUCGAAACGGUUCACCUCGAUGCAGCAGGACAGGUUACGGCAGCAGCGGACUUUCCAGCAGUUGGAGUUUGCCCCCUCGGAGGGUGCUGUGCUGGAGCAAGACGCUGAGGAUCAUGGCAGUGCCGUCUCGAUCUCGCAGAGCUCGCAGACGGAGACCGUGCAGGACGAGGUAAGGCUGUACGAGGAGACGAUGUCCAAGUUGACACAGGAACAGUUGCAGAUCCUCGCCACGGAGCACGAGGAGCUUCUCCACGCGAAGGAUGAGCAGCUGGAGAACGUGGAGCGCAUUAACAAAACGAUCCUCGACAUCGUCUCGCUGCAAAACGAACUCUCGACGCACUUGCAAACGCAGUCCCAGAAUAUCACCGCGAUGCUAGACAACCAAGAUGAGGUUGAGCUGAAUAUUGACCGCGGGAACAAGCAACUGCGGAAGGCGCAGCGAUCGGCCUCGUACUCGGCAAAGAUGAUUACCUGGAUGGCAAUCCUCAUGGCGAUUAUGAUCCUGUUUGUCGACUUCAUCAACUAA